CCCCCGACAGUAAAACUCAUAGAAGAAAAUGAAAACGAAGAAGAACAGUAAAGAAAUGUUUGCGGAAACAGUGUCGUUGUUUGCGUAUUUACAUCUAAAACCAAUUACUGUAUCUGUUCAUACGUAAAGCGUGUCACUAUUUAAUACAAAUUGAAAGAAUGAGUACUUUUUGAGCAAGGAUCCGUGUUCUUUUUCAGUGAGUUCAAAGUUGUAUGGAUGUUUGUGAUUAACUUGGAGUUUUUAGACAAUAAAAGCGGAGAGUCAUGGCUAUAGCGCACGCCGCCACGGAGUAUGUGUUCACGGACUUCGUGCUGAAGGAGCCCGCAUCAGAGAACAGGUACAAAGGCAUCCGGUUAGAUCUGGCGCUGGAUAAGAUGGUCACCUGUGUGGCGGUGGGUCUGCCUCUGCUGCUCAUCUCUCUCGCCUUCGCUCAGGAAGUGUCUGUCGGUACACAGAUUAGUUGUUUCUCCCCCACAAAGUUCUCAUGGCGUCAGGCUGCUUACGUGGAUUCGUUCUGCUGGGCGGCAGUGCAAACGCAGGACACAGGAGGCCUGCCACUAUGGCUGCAUAAGUUUUUCCCUUAUGUGCUGUUGCUGGUGGCAGUGUCAGUUUACUUGCCAGCGCUGUAUUGGCGGUUCACAGGAGCUCCUGUGCUUUCUUCUGAUCUGACCUUUAUAAUGGAAGAACUGGACCGUACCUAUAACAGAGCCAUCAAACUGUCUAAAUGCCUUUACACGGCAGGAAGACGGGACACAGAGUCAGUCCACAUGGGCUCACACAGCUCUGUGAGAGAUCUUACCGAGAGCUGCUUUAAAUAUCCUCUGGUGGAACAGUACCUGAAGACCAAACGCUUCUCUCGAGGAUUACUGAUCCGAUACCUCAUCUGCCGCUUCAUCACUUUCUUGGCCCUAAUGCUAGCCUGCAUCUACCUUUGCUAUUACAUCCGUCUCUCCAUCACAGAUGAGUUUCAAUGUGACAUCCGAACUGGAGUUGUUAUCAACGACUCCUCAGUACCUCCUGCCAUGCAGUGCAAGCUAGUUGCCGUGGGCAUCUUUCAGCUCCUGAGCUACAUCAAUCUUUGUGUGUAUUUGCUGCUGUUGCCAUUGUGCUUGUACGCCAUGUUGGUUCCGUUCAGAAGGACCACGGGGUUCUUGAAACCUUACGAGAUGUUACCCACAAUAGGGGUAAUGCAGUUUGGGCAGGUGUCCUGGGAUGAUCAAGCACUGUAUCUGCUGUUUCUGGAGGAGAACCUCAGUGAGCUGAAGAGUUAUAAGUGCCUAAAGGUGUUGGAGUUGUUAAAAGAGGUGGGAGACAACUCUUUUGACACCAUGCAGUUGUUGCAGACACUUGGACAGGUUAAAACAGAUGUGGUGGAUGGAAAAUUGCGAGAAAAGGACCGGAAAAUCUCCAUCACCGACAAUGGUGACACUGAAAUGAAAGAGAUUUCUCCACUGCUGCAGGAUGGCGGCUUGAAAAAUCAUGAAGAUGAGAAGGUUGUGCGCCAGAGGGUGAUCUGAACUGCCAUUUAGUGUGUAUAGUGACUGCCUGCAUCACACUGAGGCUCCGAACAUCUGGAACAGAUAGAGGAAUACAUUUUGGGGGAAUGGAGGAAAACAGUGAAAGUCUCAUCCUUUCAUAAAGGCAUAACUAAGAUCCACUAACUGCAGUCAAAUUCUGUUUUAGUGCUUCUUGUAAGGUGUUGGGGUAUUAACUGCUUUACAUUGCCUUCAUUUUCCACAAUUAGUUUUAUAGUACCGUUCAUAGUAACAUUUUCACUGCAGAAAAUGUGUCUGGCUUGCCUUGAACAGUUAUUUUGUUGUUAGCACUAAUGUGAAAACAAUGCCUAUACUUGACUUGGUAAAACUGUCUUAUUUAGGUACAUGCUCACACCCACCCAGACAAAAGCUGCCUGUGAGUAUUUGCUUAUUCUCUCAUUCUGAAAUAAUGGGACCAUUGUAAUAAACUGAAUGAAAAUGUUAAUCUAUGGAGCUUCUUUUUGAAAUAUGAAUUGUGGGAAGAGGUAAAAUAAAGAAAAAAUGGGAUAAUGAGACAAUAUUUGUAUACAAUACAAGAUUGAUAUUGUCGAUUUGUUUACCUUUGUGCAUCCAUGGUCUUUUUAAUACUUAUGUGAAUUAUGUUUUUUGUCUGUUUCUUUGCUCUGGAAAUAAAAAUGGAUGUUUUUCACUACA